AUGGCCGAGCGAAAAGCCGUCAAUAAGUACUACCCGCCCGACUGGACCCCCGCCAAGGGCUCCAUCAAUAAAUACCGGGGAAGCCAUCCAUUGCGGGACAGAGCGCGCAAACUGCAUGAGGGGAUACUCAUCAUCAGGUUUGAGAUGCCGUACAAUAUUUGGUGCAAUGGCUGUAAUAAUCACAUCGGAAUGAGUGUCCGCUUUAACGCCCAGAAGUCGAAGACAGGGAUGUAUUACUCGACGCCUAUCUAUAAGUUCCGAAUGAAAUGUCAUUUGUGUGACAAUCACUUCGAGAUGCAAACGGAUCCCAAGAAUUUGGAUUACGUUAUAUUGAAUGGCGCCCGAAGACAGGAACUCCGAUGGGAUCCCAAAGAGAACGAACAGGUGGUCCCCGAAGACAAGGACGUGUCCAAGAAGUUGGCCACAGAUUCCAUGUUUAAACUCGAACACGAAGUCGAGGAUCAGGCGAAGGCUAAGAGUGUGGCGCCAGUCAUACAGGAGUUGGAAGUGUUUCAGAAGAGAUGGAAAGACGACUAUUCGUUCAAUAGAGCCAUUCGGCAGACAUUCCGAACUAAGAAAAAGGAAUUGAAAGGCAUUUCAGACACCGAUCGCUCACUACUGAAGAAGUCAUCGCUUCCCUUGUCUAUGAAGUUAUUUCCCGAAUCCAAAGACGAUUCAAAGUUAGCACAACUUAUAAAACUGGAGUCAACACAAAGUUAG